AUGAUUGCUGAAAUUGCUCAACCAGGAGACGAUUCCAAAACAUGCUUAGUCUGUACAAUCACAGAAAAUGUCAGACAUCAUUUCGGGUCAACUACUUGUCUAGCGUGUGCCUCAUUUUUCAGAAGAACAGUCUCUUUGAAUAUCCAAUAUAUCUGCAAACAAUCCAAUGCUUGCCCAGUUUCUUUCGCUGUUCGAAGCGGAUGUCGAUCGUGCCGAUUCCAAAAUUGUUUGAAAGCUGGAAUGAAGACUACGAUGGUUCGUGGCAAAAGAGACAUCAAUAAAGUGCCGAAAUAUGUACGAGAGAAUAUGAAACAAGGAAAUGAGAUGAUCAUUAGAGACUACGCAACUUCUUCAUUUGAAACUCUUCACGGGUUUCCAAGAAGAGAAGAAGCUGAAAAGCCGAUGGAGAACGAAGACGUUCUAAAGCUUCUGAAUAUAACCGCUGACCAACUUCUGGAAUAUUAUUUAGAAUUGAAUGAAAAAGAGCCGUGUCCAUUGAGAAAGAUCUCAUUCACCUCAUUCUUUCAACUGAAUCAACAAAAUCAUUUCGAGUCAACAGUCAUAUGCAGAAGCUGUCCUGGAACAGAUCUUCUCAACCCAGAAGACGUUGGAAUUCUAUUCCAGUAUACCUCAUUUGCAAACCUCUGGAUUGAUGCAUUGUGGGAUGAAAUUCAUAUCGAAGAAGGGAAAGAGGAAAUGUUUCAGAAAGAAAAUCAAGAAAAUGAAGGAAUGCCGAGAUUAUUCUCCGAUUUCCUCACACAUUUUUAUGAAAACGUCGGGAUCGCCCUCCGUAGUUUGAAUCUCGACAUUGUAGAAUACGCAGUUCUCAAAUCAUUUGUCAUUUGGAAACUUGGAGUUGUGGAUUUCAGCACAACCCUUAAGAUUGUUGCCCAAGAGCAUUAUCUUGGAUCAACUGUGGCUCUCACUGAGUAUUAUAAGAAGGAGAAGAAUAUGGAUCAGUUCGAGAUCGCUCUGAGGAUUGCUGACUUGACUCUUCUUUUGGGCCCAAUUUUCAACAGCUAUCGAGAAAUGGUAAAUCUCUAUGAGAAGAUGCAAAUAUCAAUGAACGAAAAGAUGCGAAUGGAAAUAUGA